AUGCCGGCCUCCCCCGACUCCCAAAACAUCAACACCUUUCUCACCAUCGAAGAGAUGAACAGCCCCAAACACCGCGCCAUCCUCGAGUUCACCUCCAAAAAAGCCGGUUUCACCGACUACGACACCUUCACCGCCUGGCUCGCCUCUCCAGCCGUCGCACCCUUCUGGACCGAAUUCGAGCGUGACUUUCUCAAGCCCCUAGUAGCCGCCUCCCGCAAGUCCGACGCCACCACCAUCACCAUCAACAACAACAACAACAACAACAACAGCCCCCCUGAGGCGGUGGACCCCUUUGCAAAAACCACCACGAUUCCCUGCCCCAUCUACCACAUCAUCCCGCUCUUCCAGGGCGUUUUCGGCUCCAGGGAAUACCAGCGCAAGAACCCGAGCAAGGCGACCUGGAGGCCGAACCACCACAUCAUUUUCUUCUUCUUGAACGUGUGGGAGCGCAACCACGACCAGAUGCGAAACAGCCCCUGGGCGGGCUGUUAUCUGGAGAAUGUCAAGAUGUGGGCCAUGCAGCUUUGUUGGAUCGUGGAUGCCAUGACGAGGUGCAAGUACGCGGAGGAGUUGGGCUUGCAUGUGGUGGAGUUUAGAGGGAUGAGGGAUGAGGGGUGUCUUAUCACUUAUAAGCAUUAG